AUGCAACGACUGGACGGGGGUAUAAUAAAUAUAAUCUACGAAAAUUUGGUCUCAGAUGACGAGCAACGGCACACGGGGGAUCUUCUUGCUCCAAGCCAAGACAGCGCUACUGUAUGGUCACGCAGAGCGCAGGCAGGACAAUCUCAAGACAAGAAAAAUUCACUUCGUGCAUAUUACGUCGGUGCGGUGAUUGCGGAGCGAACUGUUGUGUUGGAGGAUGAGUUGGUCUCAUUCCAAGACAUCGACUGGCAACAACCAGCGGUGCAAACCACUUUAAAGUAUGGAACAACAGAGCAGGGUCAGUAG